UAUUUUAUAAUAAUGUUGUUUUUGAUAACAGUCUGAUAACAUAGUAUCAAACAUACCUAGUUUAAAACGUAGUAAUUUAUCUUUAUCUUUACCAUAGAUCUUCACCAUGGUACAAUAAUAUACUACGCACACCAUCUUCAAUUUCCUUUUCUGUGAAUUUUUAUAAUGAUAACCUAGCUUACAAUUGUAUUUUUAAAAAUUUAUUUUUUAUUAUAAGAGUAAGUGCUAUUAUUAAGCAGAGAUAAACGACAAGCUUACAAAAUGGAACUUACACCUACUGUAAACAAAAUUAAAUUAUUAUUUAAAAAAAUACAAGAGCCAAAUUAUGUUAUGAAUAAUUACUACGUCGAUGCCUUCCUCAACAAAUUUCAUGAAAAAACAGAUCCUGAAAUAUCACAACUUGCUUCAAUGCCUCUACUAUCGGAUUUGUUAGCUGAUGCAUUAGGUCAUUCAGAAACAUAUCACAUCACCAUCAAGGUGUUUCUUGUAAGGUUAUUAGCCAAGGGUUCCUACCAGGAGCUCCAUUUUUCCAAAAUGUUUUCACAGCAAGGUCACAUAAUUGCCAAAGGCUUUAAAGAGAUCCAAUCACCGACUAUGAAUUCCAGCCUGCGAGUAGCCUACUUGGAGGUAGCAUCGUCUAUGGUUAAACAUAAUUCUGGUAUCUCUUGGCUCUUAGAAUCAGGUAUUUGGAAAGAAAUACUUUCAUUAUGCAAUGAAAGAAGAACCGUAUUUGUUGUACGUCUUAUGCAUAAAUUUGCCGCCAAGUUUAUUUGGAAACUCAAUGAUAUGGGUGAUGCAGCUAAUUUAAAUCAAGUGAUAAGUUUCCUUCUGAAACCUAUGGAGGAACUUGACCUCAUUAAUCCAGAAUCAGUAACAAGAGAACAAGAAAAAGUUAUUUGUAAAGUCAUAGAUCCUAUUCUGCAAAUACUGUUAGCUGUUUAUAGUGAGGAAAAUCGCAUAAUAAAUCGUAAUAUAUUAAUGAAAAUGUUUGAGACAGAGUUUUGUCUAACUAAAUAUAUGUCAAUAUAUUUUGAUAGAAUACGUAAUGAGGAGACAACUUUAAUGUUAAUAAGAAUAAUAUUUUGGUGUAUGCUAGCAAAAAUAUUUUCAUCAAAACCAUUGGAGCAAGGUGUAGUUUACAAUAAGGAAGAUUUCCUAGAACUUACUGUUAUGUACUGCAACACUUUACAGUUUCUAAUUAAGAGACGAAACGCCAAACUUGUACUUGAUUAUUGUACUGCUUGCAAUGUAAUCUGGUGUUCGACGUGGCAGAAUCGUAAAUGUGUAUGGCAGAGUGAUGUCCUAAAGGUAGAAUUACAGAAUCAAAUGUUAAUUAUCUCUGUAACACCUCUAUUAGUCUACAUAGCAAGGGGAAGAAACAUUUCAGAGAUGAUGAGCGAGAGUUUAAACACAUAUAUUGCAACUCUUCUGAAUACUUCCAACGAGCAUACGGCCAGAGCUGCAUAUGCCUUUAGGGAAUUGAUUGAGGAUAUGGACACUAUUAAUAUAGUUACGCAAACUGCAAAGAGACUAACAUGUCUGAAAAACCAUUUGAAUGAUGAUCAAGCCAACAUAAUGUUUCAAGCUUUGUUCUUUGUACUGAAAGACUAUGACCCUACAAACUUAUGCAAAUUAAAAGAGGAAGAGUGUUAUGGAGAAAACCAAGAAAGAGUUGUAAUAAUGGCUUACAUCAUGGAAGCUGUGUUGUUUUUAGUCAAACAUUACAGUAUAAAUUGGCAUGAAUCUUUAGAGAUAAUAUGUUUAUACACUAUUGUUAACAAUAUUCUGAAGAGGACUGACUUACCCUUUAAGUUUGUUGUUACAGCAUUAAACAUAAUAACGCUGACUGUGAAGAAGUUUCUGCCACCCAAUCUCUCCUUACUUAUGGAGGCCAAGCCAGGCUCAUCGUUGCAUGAUAUUGGUCAGCUAAUUUAUACGAAAAUGCAUGAUAUGCAUUGGGAGGUGCGAGAUUCAGCUUUGGAACUUUUGUAUGUGUGUACUGACUUCGCCUAUAUUAAGUUCCCAUCAUUCCAAAAACAGAUUAACGACUCGAAUCUGAUAAAUGUGGCUGCAACAAUAGCUCUCAAUGACUAUGAAUGGUAUGUCCAGGCAACAGCUCUUAAAUGUAUUGGAGCUGCUGCUAAGAUACCUAUGUUGUGGGAUCAACUUACAUCAGAAUACCCUAAUAUACAUGAGCAACUGCUAUCAAUACUGCGUACGAGUUCCGAGGGGGUAGUACGAAAAGAAGCAUGCAAUGUCCUUUGUGAAAUAUAUCAACAUAUCAAAAUAUCGACUAAUUUUAAACAGACACUUUACGAAUUUAUGGUGUCGGCAGCUUUAAGUGACUUCCAUUGGGAAGUUCAAAUUAGUGUGCUGAAAUUUUGGAAAAUGGUGAUACAAACCAUAUUAAGCGAACAGGGAAUGCUAGAUGGCACUUUUCCGCCAGUGACAUUCUCCAGGGAAACUCGUAAGAUCGUCACCUUGAAUGAAACUGAAAUACAGAGGAGGCUGUUCAGAGCACUGGACGAACUUUCGUACAUAGGUUGCCUAACUGUUUUGGUAAAACUACUAAAUGAGGACUCGGAAAUUGAAAUAAUGGAGUUAUCACUAGCAAAUUCGCUGGAACUUUUAGAGAUUCUGAACAAACACAAAGUACCUGAACUGUUAAAGCCUAGUGAGGGUGAUCCUUUUAAUGUGGAUGAAUUAAUGUGCCAUAUCCAGGUGCCAGACGACGAUGAUAUGAACGAGGAUAUUGCAGAUCCCAAUACAACUAUGCGGGCAGAUAAUGUGAUAGAUACCAUCAUUCAAUCGGAUGAUAUUAGUUUACUGGCGAAUAUUUACGAAAGACACAUGAAUUUACAGAACAAACCUGCUAUGCCGGGAAGGCCGAGAAUAAAGCUGUUAAAAUCGGCGUCGCCACAUUUAUUCGUAACAUUCCUUAAUAGCAAGGACUUCAAAGGUAUCCUUGAAAAAAAGAAGAAGUGGAAAGAUGGUAUUCGAAGUCUCUCCUCAUUACUAGAUGAUAUACUGGGUAUUUAUGAGACCAGCGAGGAUGUUAACACAUUAGAUUGUUAUUAACGACGUACUUACGUAAUCUAUUGGUCUACUCUGGCAACUAAUUCCAAUCCAAUAACAGUGGAUUAAAGUGGAAUGAGAACUUUUUGUACUCUAACAUAUUAUUUCUAUUUAUGAUCAAUGAGAGAACUAUCUGACUUUGUUACAAAUUUAUUUGGUUUAGUCUCAAUUACAUUUGAAAAUAAUUGGGAUCUCAUACAUACUCUCGUAGAGUAAUUAACCAAGAAUCCAUUAUUGAAACGGACUUU